CAAACAUAGAGCAUUCAACAUUUACACUCAAUCUCAACAUCCAAUCCCACGACGAUAUUCAAACACCUAGUGCGAGACGAGGCCGGCUCAAUCGAAUAUAAUUGACAGUUGAUAGCGAAUAGUUGCAUUUUCUAUAGGUGCAACUGCAUACCUAUGUACUAAUCUCAGGAGAUAGCUGGUUUGCAGCAGAGCUCGAACUCAUAGCCUCUGCUAACCUACCGAAUGCAUCUCUGCGACAAUGGCCAAUCGAUACGGCGGGUCAUACCGCAAUCGCAAUGGCAACGGCUCCGCUGGGAGGCAAGAUGAGGAAUAUGACCCUUACGGUGACGGUUACACUAGCGAUCGCUAUGGCACUCCUCCCCAGCAGAUGAAUCCCCGAAGGCCACCCAUCGAAGUCCCUCGGGGCGGCGGCUAUGGCUCUCCAGCUUCCAGACUUCAACGAGCGAAUCUAAAUGAACGAGCAAACGAAACGAAUGCAGAGCGACAGAUAUCCCAGGUCCUUGAACUUAUCAAGUCCGAAUGGCCUGCCAUGGUCCAGGACGACUGCAUACCCGUCUCACUAGCACUUCAGCUACUGGAUAAUAGCUCUGUCGGCCGAGCCCAUGAAUACAAAGACUUUAAGAAGGCACAUAAAUACUUGCAAGAUUCUCUGAAAAACAUCGUACAUGAACAUCAUCAGGGUUUCAAUAGUUCGAUAGGUACUUUUCACAAGAUUCAGGGAAGCAUACAAUCUUCCCAGAAGAGAGUCCGUGCCCUGAAAGAAUCUUUAGCCGCAUCGAGAACGAGCCUUUGUGUAACAGAUCCCGAACUCAAGAAGCUAUAUAAAUCAUCACAGAUGUACGACGAGGUGCUACAGACAAUGAAUGAACUAGAGGAUCUACGAACUGUACCAGAUCAGUUGGAGGCCAGGAUAUCGGAAAAGCGAUUUUUGACUGCUGUCGAAGUACUGCAUAAUGCCCUACGGAAGUUGCGCAAACCAGAACUUGAUGAUAUUGGUGCUCUCAAUGAUCUCAGGGGUUAUCUUGCGAACCAAGAGACCGCGCUGAUGGAUAUCCUAACCGAAGAAUUGCACGAACAUCUGUAUCUGAAAUCACCCUAUUGCCAGGAGCGAUGGCAAAAUCUAGCCAAGAAACAGGGCGUGUACAACGAGAACUAUAGCGAAUCUAAUGUGCUGACCCCAUUCCACCUAGUUCUAGACACGAUGGAUCUUAACCAGCCGGUUACUGAAGACCCAGCAAAGAAUCCUGAGGCGGACACCUUUUAUUACAUAAGUCUCGUCGUUGAGUCCCUCAACAAGCUCGGUCGGCUAGAAGGCGCCGUCGAUACAUUGAAACAACGGCUCCCGGUUGAGCUGUUCUCUAUUGUAAAUGAAACGAUCAAUGAAGUUGAUCAAAGACACCCUAGUUCAUUACGAGGUGGUACAGGAAACGCGCAAGGUUUGCACAUAUAUGGCGAUAGGGAGACGCAAAUGCGCGCGGACGUCAUCUAUGAUCUUCUGUGGACCUUGUAUGGUAAAUUUGAGGCUAUCGCCGAAGGUCAUCGGGUCUUUCACGAAGCUAUCAAGGCACUUAUUCGACGAGAGGGUGGUGGCAAUAACAGCUCCCUCCUCGGAAGCUUUAGGGAGUUAUGGAAUCUCUAUCAAAACGAGAUACGCUCCCUCCUGCAUAAUUAUGUCACUACAGACGCGGAUGUCUAUCAAUUCAACUCGCCAAGGCAAGGUGCGAUGCUUAAUGGCAAUAAAGAUAUAUCUAGGGAUCAUCUCUUCAAAUUCUCCGAAGCAGAUCCCAAGUCCGUUGAGAUGACUACCGAAUAUGAGGCCUUAGACGAUAUUAUAAAAGCUGCAGUUCCAGGCCUUACAACCGCCUCCCGAAAAACGCAGGCUUCGGAUAAGAAAUUAGCAGGAAAAGAGUCAAGGAGAAGUGCAUAUACCGGAGCUUUCGACAAUAGGAACACGCCUGGCUCAUACAAGUCACUCGUAGAGCCAAGCGUAUUUAAUAUGAGUCUCCUUUUACCUCCGACCCUAGUAUUCCUAGGACGUUUGAAAGCGAUCGUACCUCCAGGUUCAGAUUUAGCUGCGAGCACUUUAACAUCUUUCCUCGAUAACUUUUUGGUUAAUGUUUUCCAACCACAGCUGGAUGAAACUCUUAGCAAACUCAGCGAUUCAGUGUUUGGAGAAGCAGACUCGUUCCAACAAGAUCCCGCAUGGGACCUGGUAGCUCGUCGCCCCGUCUUCAAAGGCGCAACUGCUUUCUUCGCCGUUAUCACCGCAUUUUGCCGAAUGCUUGGAACAAUUCCGCAUGACCAGGCACUUAGCUCUCUAAUAAUUUCCCAGAUGGUGAGAUAUUAUGAAAGGUGCCUUACGUGGUUCAAAUCGCUCGUUUCCAAAGCACAGGAGGCUGGCGUAGGGCCAUUGUCGUUGCGAUAUUCCGCAGAACUAGCCAUCGGGGAUGGCGAUAUCCAAGAAACAAUUAAGAAGCUUUGGACUUCGGAUAACCUCGAUCGCGAAUUAAUAGAAAAGGAAGUUGGGUUACUCAUUGUGCAGGCCAAUGGACGGGAUCUUGAACCUAACGAUGUCAUACAAGACCGCGACGUCAUCUCAUCCUUAUGUCUCCUCUACACGAGCAUGAAAUGGCUCUCUGUCCGGAUCCUUAGUCUACGACAUAUCACGCGAUUCGAUACGGAUUCUUCUCAACCUACCUUGCCGAGGAACCAAAACCGCCGCUGGACUUUGUUGAACGACCCUAACAAGGCGAGCGGAGAACAGCACGGCCCUGUGUACCUUCCUAUGACACAGGAAACCGUCCAAUCAUUUGACAAUAUAGUAUCAUCCUACGAGGAGUUUGCUGGUACAGUGCUUCUCACGUUACAUAUGGAAAUCAGAUGCCGCAUUGUGCAAUCUCUCAGUGUAGCGCUCUCUCCUAAAACAGCUCCGUAUGUCCUAGGUGAUCAGGAAAUUAAAGAACCGGACCCACAGAUAUUAUCACUGAAUUCUGAGCUCGUUGCGUACGACGAGACGAUUGUACGCUUCCUUCGUGACAAAGAAACGGCGUUCAUACGGACUGGUUUAGGUCUCCUCAUCAACACUUACCUAGUGACCAACGCACUCACAACACAACCCAUGAAUAUGCGCGGGUGCGAGCGCAUGCAGCUGAACAUCUUAGUAUUACAGCAAAACCUCAAAAAUAUUGAGGAGGGAGUGGACCUCGCACGGGCGGCCAACUACUUCAGUCUGUUCCAAGAGGGCCCGGACGCGAUCGUCAACAAGGCCAAGAAAGACAAUGAGCGCGAUAUUAUUCCUGAAGAGGAGAAGUUCACAUAUGAUCAACUCAAGGCCCUCGUAGAAUUAUACUACAGCGAGCAGCUAGCUGAUCCUGAGAGGGGCAUCGCGUCUGCGGGGAAGAGGAAGAUGGGCGAGAAGGUGCUUGCGUUGAGCGAGCAUAUGUGGCAGAGCUAAAGAGGGUGUUUGUAUAUUCACUUUCCGUUACAUCCGAAGGAGGGCGAAGUAUGUGCUCAUGAUCCCCCUGUGCGGCAUGAGUAGGACGUCAAUGAGGGUUAUGUGAUAAAUAGGACUAGGCACAAAUGAUAUCGGAAGAGGAAAUGGUAGAAAUGACAAAUACAAAAUGAGUACUUAGUAGUAUUGGAAACGUUGAAGUUGUUUCAUAGCUAAGUGAUAGGCUAUGUGAGA